UGCACUACAGACACUCCUUCUCUCUCUCUUCGUCUUUCUGCCAUACAUCACACCCAGCAGUCGCAGUAUUGCAGCCGCUGCAGUACUGCUCCAGUUCAGUCUCUGCACACACACACACAAAGAGAGAAAUUUCCAUUUCCCUUCUUUCUUGCUUUUGGUUUUUAAUUAAAAACAUCAAAUCUUGAUUUGAUUUCCCCAAAAGCCAUUUGCUCUCUCUCUAAUCCACCCACCACCAGCCACAGCCAGAGCCACAGCCACAGCCCGAAAAAUAAAGCAAAAAUGCGAAAUUUGGGUGAGAGAGAAAAAGGGUCGUGAGAGAGAGAGGUCUCUGUUGUUUUUUCUGAGCGAGACCCUCUUUUAGCAUUAGCGGAGGUGCGCCCUUUUCUAAAAAUGCAGGCAUGAGCUCCUCCUCCUCCUACCCAGCACUCUUUCUUCUUCUUCUUCUUCUUCCUCAAACCCCUUUUCUUUUCAGGCUUCUAUUUAAGCGCCUCUUCCUUAUACUUGUUCUACUUUUUUGUUACUGCCACGCCGCUUCCGCUUCUUCUGAUUUCUUCUAGGGCUCCGAUUCAAAUGGGUGCUCUCAUCGAUCUCAAUACCACUGAAGAAGACGAAGCCCCCUCUUCUGCUGCCUCUUCCGCUUCCUCCUCCUCGGCUUCUGCUUUCACCUCCUCGCCUUCCCCCUCUGUCGCCUCCUCAAUUUGCUUGGAGCUAUGGCACGCCUGUGCGGGCCCACUUACUUCUCUGCCCAAGAAAGGGAGCUUGGUUCUGUAUUUGCCGCAGGGUCACUUGGAGAUGCUGGAAUUUCCACCCACGGCCUGUGAUCUCCCUCCCCACAUCCUCUGUCGCGUCAUUGAUGUUCAGCUCCAUCAGGCCGAGGCAGGGAGUGACGAGGUUUAUGCUCAGGUUUCAUUGUUUCCUGAAAACGAGCAAAUAGAGAACAGGAUGCAGGAAGAGAUGAACAAUGACAGUGAGGAGGAGGAUGUUGAAGGAGGUGAAAAGACUACAACACCCCACAUGUUCUGCAAGACCCUUACUGCUUCAGACACUAGUACUCAUGGAGGCUUCUCCGUUCCCAGACGAGCAGCAGAGGAUUGCUUCCCGCCAUUGGAUUAUAAUCAACAGAGGCCUUCACAAGAGCUUGUUGCAACGGAUCUCCUUGGGCAAAAAUGGAAGUUCAGGCACAUAUAUCGCGGGCAACCUAGAAGGCAUUUGCUAACCACUGGAUGGAGUGCAUUUGUGAACAAGAAGAGGCUUGUUUCUGGCGAUGCAGUGCUGUUUCUCAGGGGUAACGAUGGGGAAUUACGUUUGGGAAUUCGAAGAGCUGCGCAGCUUAAAAGUGGCUCUGCCUUUCCAAAUAUUUGCAGUCAGCAUGUCAGCUCUAGUAGUAUCAUGGAAGUGGUUAAUGCUAUAUCUACUAAAAGUUCCUUUAGCGUAUACUACAAUCCCAGGGCUAGCUCUUCACAGUUUGUCUUGCCUCUUCACAAGUUCUUGAAGAGCAUUAAUCAUCCUUUCUCUGUUGGAAUGAGGUUUAGGCUGAGUUUUGAAACCGAAGAUGCUGCAGAUCGAAGAUACACUGGACUGAUAUCUGGAGUUGGUGAUGUGGAUCCUAUCAGGUGGCCAGGAUCAAGGUGGAGGUCCCUAGUGGUGAGGUGGGACGAUGUUGAAAGUAACAGGCAUGGCCGGGUUUCCCCAUGGGAGAUCGAGCCCUCUGGUUCUGCCUCCACACCUAGCAACUUGGUUCCACCUGGCCUGAAAAGGACCAGGAUUGGGCUAUCUUCUACAAAACUAGAGUUUCCAGUUCCAAAUGGGAUUGGAACAUCAGACUUUGGGGAAUCUUUAAGGUUCCAGAAGGUCUUGCAAGGUCAAGAAAUUUUGGGUUACAAUACUCCUCCCAUUGAUGGCGACAACAUCACUCGUCAUCCACCUGAAAAGAGGAGAUUGUUUCCUGGUUUGCAUGGUUCUGGGAUAGCCAUGAUGAGAAAUGGUCCAAGAAACCCAUUUAUCAACUCCGAAACUUCCUCCCGGGGUAUCGUGUUUGAUGAAUCCUUCCAAUUCCAUAAGGUCUUGCAAGGUCAAGAAAUAUUUCCAAGUCCGUUUUAUGGUAGAGCCAUGGCCACCAAUGAAGUUAAGGCAAGUGGUGGUUGCGGUGCUAUCGAAGGCAUUCGAUUGUCUAGGUCUAAAGAUGGAUGGCCGCCAAUGGCAAUGCAAUGUGAAAAUUUCCUAGGACGCUCUUCCAUUCCUUCUGUACAAGUCUCAUCACCAUCUUCUGUGUUCAUGUUCCAGCAGUCAAUGGUUCCCGUUCAAAGCUUUAAUACACAUAACCGUGGCGAUUUCGCAGAGCAGAGGAUUACAAACAAAAGUACAUCCCUUUCUGGGACAGCAUUUACGACCGACCAUAGCUCGAACACUGAAGUCCCACAGGGGAUGCAUCCCACUUCAUUGGGCGAGCAAAACCAGCUCGGCCUAUCACAUCUGUCCACAACAGCAUCAGUGUUUUCAGGCUGUAAGGAUCUGUCUUCAACAUGUAAAGCUGGGUGCAGAUUGUUUGGUUUUUCAUUGACAGAGGAAAAGAAUGCUGGGAAUGCAGACAAGGCUUCUCCAGCAACAUCUGCAGUAAAUGCAGGAACAACCACUGUUCUAUCCAAUAUUGGGGUGCAAUGUCCUCGGAAGUCUCCUCUGAUGAGCAAGGUGGUUGGAAGCAACUGUACCAAAGGGGCUUUCCAGUACCAUUUUGCAAAUUACAGUACCUACUACUGAAUGGGUCUUUACUUAUUUUUGGGGGGGCAGCAAAGAACAUUUUGGGGAAGCAGAAGAAGAAUGGCUGCCUAGUUUUGUUGUUUUGAAUGAAAAAGGAAAAAAAAAAAGGCUUGUGCAGGUGUUAAAAACCUUUGAAAUUCUUGUGUUUUCGGGAUAUCCAUUUGGUUUGAGCUAUCAAACGAAAGAACACUUGGUGUUUGUGUUGCUUGUGUUGAUAUCCAAUUGUUGUUGUUGCUGAUUUUGUAUCUCAGAUUAUUAUUUUGAUUUAUGUGUAACAACUUUGUUAGUUUGGAGAAAUUAUGAUUGAAAAGUGGUGUGGCCA